GGACAACGUCUACCGCGUGAGCCUGGAGCCCACCAGUGCUGGUGAGAUGCGCUACCACCGGAAGCUGACAUGGCGCUCGAACCAGCAUGACAUCAGCAUCUGCCGGAUGAAGGGGAAACACGAGUGCGGCACCAACGCCUUCAAUCCCGUCUGUGCCAACUACAGCAUGGACACGCUGGAGCCCAUCGGGGACAACAUCAGCGGCAUGGCCCGGUGUCCCUAUGACCCCAAGCACGCCAACGUGGCCCUCUUCACAGGGGGGAUGCUCUUCACCGCCACAGUGACAGACUUCCUGGCCAUCGAUGCCGUCAUCUACCGCAGCCUGGGGGACAGCCCGACCCUCCGCACUGUCAAACACGACUCCAAAUGGUUCAAAGAGCCCUACUUCGUGCACGCCGUGGAAUGGAGGAGCCACGUCUACUUCUUCUUCCGGGAGAUCGCCAUGGAGUUCAACUAUCUGGAGAAGGUGGUGGUGUCCCGGGUAGCCCGGGUGUGCAAGAACGACAUGGGGGGCUCGCAGCGGCAGUGGACCUCCUUCCUCAAGGCCCGGCUCAACUGCUCCGUGCCGGGCGACUCGCACUUCUACUUCAACGUCAUCCAAGCUGUGACGGACAUCUUGGAGCUGGACGGGCGCCCCGUGGUGCUGGCUGUCUUCUCCACGCCUGCCAACAGCAUCCCCGGCUCGGCCGUCUGCGCCUUUGACAUGACCCAAGUUGCCGCCGUCUUCGAGGGACGUUUCCGGGAGCAGAAAUCGCCCGAAUCCAUCUGGACACCCGUGCCCGAGGACAUGGUGCCAAAGCCCCG